UGCAUGCGAACUGGUAGUACGAAAAUAGCAUUACGUGCGCGUUCAUGUGGUUGGCCGUUUGUGAAGUGGUGUUAAGAUUGCUCCGCCGGUGCUUGUGUAAGGUGAAGCAGGGGACGAGUGUUCGUUGGGCUGGGGCAGUCGGUAGUCGGUGGAAGAGCAAACAUGGGGCGUUUGCACUUAAGAAGUCGUGAGUCCGAAUCUUUUACCGUCUUGUUUGGUCGGUUUCUUGAUCCAGAUCUCCAGCGAUCUGCAAUGAUCUUCGAUAUGUACUUCUCCAUCUUGUUGCUCUUAUUCGGCAGCGUCGCUGCUCAAGAGCGUGACAAGUUCUGCAUCGCUGCGAAGCCACCAUUAGCGCUUCCUGGUUGCACUAAGCAAUGUCUCAUUGGAGAAGGAAAGGUCCUCGAUGGCAAUUGUGCCGAUAACCUCGAAGGCUUUUGUGAGCUUUCCGACGUUGUUCACAUACACUUCAAUAUGUAUGGUGUAUGUCUUCUCAACGCUUGUCCAAGUGUGACAGACCGACAAGACUACGUAAACAUGUUCAAGGCGGCGUGCAAAGGAACACACGAAGAUUACUUCGAAAAUGAGUUUAACUAUGGGGGUAAUGAGUUCAACUAUAAAGAUUUGCUCACGGGAAAGCCAUCAGGUAGUAUUGCAGCGAGUACUAAGGAUUCGGCGACUAGCUUUGAGGCGAUGUCAACGUAUGAGACCACUAUUGAGAUACUUACGUCGAAUACUCCAUCACCAUCGACCAGCACUUCGGCAUCGUCAAGUUCGGAGACGGAGAAGUCAUCAGAAGCGCCAUCGCCGCCACCCGCGACUUCGACGCCAGCUGCAGCACCUAGCUCUACGAACGAAGGAAAACCUACAUCCGUUGUUGCAGCUCCUGCUCCAAGCAAUACUAUCCCUCCGAACGACGUCACUAUCCAGUCGCAUGUUCACAUCACGAUCUCCAACUCUGAGCUGCCAGCCCCCACAAAUACUCAUGCUGCAGAACCGACUCUAAGUACGACUUCCAUUGCCGGCAUAGCAGCGGGCGGCACUGUAGCUAUUGCUCUGAUCAUCGGCCUUGUGUUCUUCUUCCUGCGUCGCCGUAAGCACCGAGCCUCUCUCGCUUCAUCCGCAGACAUUUGGGAGCCCUCUCGCAAUACUAGUCCAAACCCCAAACUUCCAGUUAUCGAGAAUGAUUCAAGCUUUGGUCGUCACUCAAAAGUCGAAGCCGGUCCACAAAUGCAUCAGCACUCGAAAGCCGAACUACAUAGCGAAAGCGCACCGCCACCGCCACGCCCCCAAACUGCACACAAUGGCUAUCCGAACCCACCGGAGAUGCGCGGCGGAAGUGGUAAUGAGAGCUCGCGAUUCUACCGCCCAGCACAACAGUCACAUCUGCACCGUCAUGGUAGUAACAUGGAUUCUCGAUAUCCCGAACUGGGAUCUCACACGGCACCGAGCAUACCGUCGCCGGCCUCACCUGUUUCGGCUUCUUCAACAAUGCAAGGCUGGCAUGCUAACACCCCAUCUGGAGUACCUACCAGCCGGAUGAGUAGUGCUGAUCUCCGCACCGAAGGAAUGAGAAGUCCAGUCAGCGAACUUGGUACGAAUACACCACUCCGCUCAACACGCUCGGCAGAGCUACACGGCGCUGAGAUUACGAGCCCGAUAAGUGAGCUUGGAAGCGACACCUUUUCCAGUGGUGGUAAUGGGGUGGCCGAACUGCAUACUGAUCCUGUACUGCCGUCGAAGCUUGGACCGGGCAAUAGAGGAGAUAUGACGGCUGUUAUCGCUGAGAUGGAGGGCUCUCACAUACAGAAAGGACACCGUCAUGGGUUGUCAACAAACUCGUAGUUCGUCUGGGUAGUCAUGGGCAUUUGAAUAUCUAGGUUGUACGAUAGACAUGUAGAUCUAAUACGGUGC